AUGGCGCCCCCAAACGAGCAACCAGCGAAGCGCCGAAAGCUUCUGCCUCAGGGCAGUGCUGAUUCUCGUGAUCUCCUUGAUGUAGGUAGCGAGAUACUCAUUGUCAAGGUUGGGGGUGGUGACGACCCUGUCGAACCGAACGUAGCAGGCGAAAAUUGCGACAAGCCCGAGCACAGCAACGAAAGUGACGACAGCGAUACCGACUCAGACGUUUCCGAGGAGCGCAUCUUUCACAUCCACAAAGGUGUUCUCUGCAAGACGUCCGCUUUCUUCCGAAAUGCAACGAAGCCAGAAUGGACUGCUCCAACACCGCGCCCUAUAGAUCUUUCUGACGAGCGUCCGGAUAUCUUCUAUUUGUAUGUACAAUGGUUGUACAAUGGGAAAAUCGCUGUCGAGACCAUGUCCUCCAGUGACUCGGAUGCGGAAGUUCGCAAACACGAGAAGGUGAAUUUUCAUUCACUGAUUCAGUCGUACAUACUUGGCGAGAAGCUCAUGGAUACCACAUUUCAGAACUCAGUCCUGAAAUGUUUGAUUGAGUGUGUAAAGCAAGAGGAUAACUUCCUCAGCGACCUUACCGUUAAGUUGGCCUACGAGCGCACGACAAAACACUCGCCUCUUCGCAAAUUGUUGGUCGACUUCUGGGUGUGGUACGGCUGCUCUGAUUGGGCGGCCGAUGACAUGAAUGAGGAUCUGGGGACCGAAUUCACGAAUGACCUACUUAAGGCUGUGCUAAAAGUGCGGGCUGGCCCAGAUGAGGAGAAAGACAGGGUCGAGCUUCCUUGGCUGGCACAUCCAGAGACCUACAGCAUAAAAGAUAACAUGGAGACAACCAAGGGUACCAGCAACAGCGGUGGUAUAAAGGCUAGAGGGGAAUGUGUCAGCAAACGCUACUGA